UUUCGAGUGUGGGAGAACGAUGUGCUCAUUACCGCCAAAACCUCAAGUUUCAGGCACCAGUUCAAAUAAACUCCCGCGUCCUUUGCCCCUCCCUUUUUAAUGCAGCGCCAAUUUCUCUCUCUCUCUCUCUCUCUCAUUACAUCUGAUCUGAUCUGAGUGUAACAGCAAUGGCGGGGAAGCAAUCCAAAGCCAGAAAGCCGGAGGUGUUCGGGAAGGGCAAGGUCACCCCUACUCAGAUCGCUUUCAUCGUCGACCGAUACCUCUGCGACAACAACUUCUCUUCCACUCGAUCCACCUUCAGAAACGAAGCCUCUUCCCUCAUCUCCCAUUCACCCAUUCAUGAGGCACCAAAGACUUUGUUGACAUUGGGGGAGAUGCUGGAUGAGUAUAUCUGCUUGAAGGAGCAGAAAGUGAUGUUGGAUCAGGAACGGGCUGUUGUAGAACAAGAGAAGAACCGGGUUCAGAUGCUGUUGCAAGGCAUGCAUAAUGUAAUGACUGCUUACAAUGCUAGUGGAAAUCUCCCUGCACCAGCACCUGCUGUAAAAUCUGCAGUUGUAGCAGUUCCUAAACCAACACUUGGUUACAAAUCUCAACCAGGCAAUCCUACUUCUGUGCAAAAUAAAUCAAAUGCACCGCCAUUGCCUCAAUCUAGCAAUUCAAACGCUGAGGGUGGAAACUUCUCAACACCAACACUGAAUGUAUCUGACAGAAAGAGAAAGGAAACUAAAGCUGUGGAUGUUCCUUCAGCUGCUAAAAAACCUCGUGGUAGAUCAUCCAGUAGGAAAAUUGUCAGCCAUGGUCAAAAUGCUCCGCAACAAUCUGAUAAAGCUGUCAAUAAUACAAUGGUAGCUCAGCCUUCUGCCAUUCAAUCUUCAUCAGAGAACUGCAUACCCAGGGAGUCACAGGUUCAGGGAUCCAAUGUUGCUAAAUGUUUAUUCAACCAGUCUACAACUUCUGUUCCAAGUAAUUCACCGGUUCCGAAGACACCUCCUAGAACAAAAUCUUCUCACAGUGACACACAUAUAUCCCCUGCUGAGAUUUCUUCGGUUGCAACUUGCAACCGUGCAGUUACACCCAGUCGUUGCACUGUAAUUUCAACCAAGAGAGUUAUGGUCAGCCCCGCAAAACAGAUGGCUUACAUAGAGAUGAGUCGUUGUAUUUCUCCUGUCAAGACAAAUUCAAGUAAGAGGGAUCAUGUUAGGAGCAGGUUGAACUUUGAUGCUGCCGAUGUGCCUGGGAGUUUGGACAAUCCAUUGCCCAAUGAGAUUUCUACAUCUGAGUCUGAAAAGGAAUUGGACAUAUUUGACAUUGAUUUUCCUAACUUUGAUGCCUUAGGGAUGGACUUCUCCUUCACAGAAAUGUUAAAUGAUCUAGACUUUUCUUGUGAAGGCAUAGAUUUUUCUUGCCAUCCAACAUCAAGUCCUUCAAUGGACAAUGCUUCAGGCUCGUCUCAUGAAUGCAAUGGUGAUCAUGCUACACCUGAAUUAUCAACUGUGGCAGAAGUUAUAUGUGAGAAAGAUAUGAAAGUACUAGGCCCUGAAUGUAUGACUGCGAUGAAAUUUGUCACAAAGAGCAUAACUGUUAUAAGCCCUGAGAAAAACCGCCAGCAGUUUGUGGAUCAGGAAAAUUGUACAUAAAAGACAAUUUGAAGAAUGACUCAGCCUGACUUAUUAACGCGAGCUCACUGCAGAUGCUUAUAUCUAUUGUUCCAAAGAAUUGCUCUCUGCUGUUGCACUAAAUUUAGAAUGAUAACCUGCUAUUCAUUUAUACCUUACAAGCUUCGCUUAUUUGGUCAAGCUUAAAAAAUGAUUGUAGAUAGCUUCCUCCCUUGUUUUGGUUUAUUAUAAGGAUUCAUCUUAGUUGGGUUACAUUUUGAUGGCAGUCAUGGUUAACAGCCUUGUAAUGAAGUCUAAGUCAUUUAAGCAAUUUCUGGAUCUAUGUCAUGACAGUUAAACUUUCAAUGGAAGAGGCAACGGGAAGACUAGACAUACUGGGAUUUUAAUUUUUCAAGAAUCUUAAAUGGAUACCACGAUUAUUUUA